AUGGCGGUGCGCACCUGUUAUCCCAGAUACUCAGGAGGCAGAGAAACCAUCGUCGUCUCCCCAUUGUCCUCGGCUCCGAUCAACGUGGGGCCUCCGUGUGUCUGCGUGUGCUUUCUGGGGGUGUCAGAACUUGUGUGUGGACCCGUGUCGGAGGACAUUUGCCGGCUGCUCAGCCCUCCUCUCCCUCCCCCUGGCUCCGAGGCCAUCCUUUUCUCCCCACCCCCCAGUUCUGCUGCCACAGGGGUCGGCUCCGGCCGGGGCUCCAGCCGACAGCUCCACAAACACCGGCUCGCUCAGCCUCCGCCUCCCGCGCUGGCCGCCGCCGCCGCGUGCGCCCUCGGCCUGGCCCUGGCCUCGCGUGCCGGCCCCGGCCCCGUGUCCAUCUGUCCACCCACUCCCGUGUGCCGCACACAAGGCCGCACUCCCCAGCCGUCCGGCUGCCCUCCCUACUCCAGCCCCAAUCUGGAAGCUGGGUUCCGCAUCCACAAGGCACUGUGGGUACAGGAGCCCCCCAUCACCAUGGCACACUCCCAGUGUCGGGGUCUCCUCGACCUCGUCCCUCCGAUCUCCGUCCUCACCGCACCCCAGGGGGUUCCGGACAUCCCCGCGCCCCCCCGCCCGGCGCCCCCUCCCCAGGCCGGGCCAUGGCUGCGGGACCCGAACUUUGAACACUUCGCCCAGGACCCGAGCGGACGCGCCAGCCCGGGAAACCCUGGGCUAUACUCCUUGUCUCUCUCCUCAGGGUUUGCCUUCCCAGAUUGGGCCUACAAGCCGGAGUCGUCCCCUGGCUCUCGGCAGAUCCAGCUGUGGCACUUUAUCCUGGAGCUGCUGCAGAAGGAGGAAUACCAGGGCGUCAUUGCCUGGCAGGGGGACUACGGGGAAUUCGUCAUCAAGGACCCCGAUGAGGUGGCCCGCCUCUGGGGCAUUCGCAAGUGCAAGCCCCACAUGAAUUACGACAAGCUGAGCAGGGCCCUGCGCUACUACUACAACAAACGCAUCCUGCACAAGACCAAAGGCAAGAGGUUCACGUACAAGUUCAACUUCAGCAAGGUGGUGCUCGUCAACUACCCGCUGCUGGACGUGGCCGCCGCCGCCAGUGGCUCUCCGCUCCUGCUGACCCCCGGCCCCUUCGGAGGGGGGCCUGGGCCUGAUGCACCUCCCCUCACCCCAGAGGCCCUGCAGACCCUCUUCUCUGCCCCACGUCUGGGAGAGCCGGGAGCCAGGACACCCCUGUUUACCCCCGAGAUGGAUAAACUGCGUCUGGAUACCCCCUUCCCGUUCCUGGGCUCUGGUGCCACCGGCUAUUCCAAGCCACCCGGACUGCUGGGUCCUUAUGGCCGCACCUUCCCGGAGUACCCCUGGAACUUUAACCCGUACCUCACGGGUCCCUUCCCCAAGCUGUCCCCCUCACUCUAUCCCCCUCACUUCUACCCCAACCCUCUGGGCUCCCUGGGCCACCUGCCCUCUGUAGGGGCAGGGGGGGCCCCCACAGCUGCACCCUUGCUGGCUGCGACAGGGGAAGGCCUGGGCCCUGAGCGCCCCCCAGGCCUGGCAGCAGCCCCUCGCCUGGCCCUGCCAGGGGCCGGGGGCCCUGAGGCCACGCUGGGUGGCAAGGAGGACAGCGACUCGGAGCUGGAGAUUACUGACGUGAGUGGCUGCAGCUCAGACAGCGAAGGUGAAGAUGGCCUCCCGGUGCCCCCCAAAGCCGAGGUGGGCAAAGGGGGGGCUGGCAGCUGAGCCCUGGGGGAGGCGAUGGAUUCCAGGAGGCGGGGACCGCCUGUGAAACCUCUCCUGUCCAAGUCUUCCCCCAACAUCAGCCCCGGAACGAUGGCCUCCGGCCUCCUCCCUAGGUUCCAGUUUGAGGGGGGUCCCCACCUGGCCCCACUCUCCAAGUGCAAUAUGGCGCCCAGCCUCUGUCCCCCCCUGUGCUGUGACCUGUGUGUUUGUGUGUCCUGAUCUCCGGUCCCUUCCCACACAGGCCCCCCCUGGGGACAGGGAGCUCAGAGCAAUAACCCCGCCCCCAGCCCCUGCCCAGGAGGGGCUCCUCCCCCUCA